GUUUAGACAACCUAACCUAACUCUUCCCCCUUUAAUUUUUGUAUUUUUGAUAAAUUUAUAAACAUAUUAUUGUUUAUAAAAAUGUCUUCAGAAGAUCCACUUACAUUACAGAAAAAACUGUAUUUUUUAUUAGAACAGCUUCAAAAUAUGGCUAGAGAUUUACCACCAAAAUAUCAAAUGCGAUUACCAUAUGAACUUCUCUCUAGUUUGGCAAAUUGUUUACUAAAUGAGACUAUUUUUGAAAUCGUAAAGGGACUUUUAGAAAUCCAACAUGUUACUGAACAACAUUUAUAUCAACAGAGGCUGCAGUUUAUACAUCAAAAGAAAAUGCAGGAACAGGAAAUUUUGAAACAAUACGAACAUGAUACCAAUAAAAAAAUUGAAGAACUCCAAAAAUUUAUGUUGCAACAGAAAGAAGAUUUAAAGACUUUCGAUAUGAACCUAGUUUUACAGCUUGAUCAGAAAGUAGCAGACCAACAGGAAAUUUUAGAAAAAGCUGGUGUUCCAGGUUUUUACAUUACAACAAAUCCUCUAGAAAUUAAAGUUCAAAUGCAUUUGUUGGAUUUUCUUUUGAGAUUGAGCAGAAUGCCCAUACCUCUGUAAUUAUUCAUUUGAUUUCUAAUUAAGUAUAUUGCUGGUACCAUAA